GCACAUCAUAACAAACAUGUACUGAAUACAAGAUAACAAAAUAUUCUCUAACUUUUGCUUAUAUUUGCGUUCGUUUCUUUCUGAUUCUUUUGAUUUUCAAGGACUCUUUAAUCAAUUCAAUUCAGCAUUAUGGAUAAUUCAAGUUUGAAGAACUGGAGUGCUUAUUUUAAAGACGAAUAUGAUGCGUUAAAAGCUGGAAGUAUUGAUGGCACAGAUACCGAACCUCACGAUAAAGCAAUCACUCGAGCAUUAGAAUCACGCUACGUUCCUCCACAAAAUCUCAAGUCAAAACCAGAGAGAACUUUAUUUGUUUCUAGGUUUGGACCUAGAGUAAGCAAGAAUGAUUUGAAAGAGCUGUUUGAGCAACAUGGAGAAGUAGUAUCUGUCAAAGUAAUAUACGACGUUGUUACUGGUCAUUCAAAAUGUUACGGAUUUGUAGAAAUGAGAUCAGAACGCGAUGCCUGGAGACUGGCAAGAAGGGUCAAUGAUUUAGUUCUAUUCAAUCAUAAACUAUUCGUUGAUUUAGAAGUUGGUAGAGUUAUGAAAAAUUGGAAGCCAAGAAGACUUGGAGGUGGUUUUGGAGGUAAAAAAGAAUCUGGCCAAUUGAGAUUUGGUGGAAAAGAACGUCCAUUCAAGAAACCAAUUUCAAUGGAAGCAUCAUCAUCAUCGUCGUCAUCAUAUCAUCGUCACAGAGAUACUGACUAAAGUAUAGUUAUUCAAUUGAAUGAUAGGUAUACUUAAUUGAUGCAUGUACAUAAAAAAAUUACCAGAAGUAUUGUUGUAAAUAAUUAGAUUUAAUUAAUUCCAUAAAUGUGGAGCUUUGUUGCUUCCUUCUGUGGUAUAGUGAUUUUUGUACCAAUAAAGUAAAAUAUGUUAUA